AUGGCGAUGAUUCUUCACGUUAUUGCCAGUGAUUGCCGUUGUGAACAAGACGGAGGUAGCGGUGGUUUUGAUAGAGACGGAGAUCUAGGACUUGAUGAAGUAGAGGAAGUUGUGGAAGAUGAUGACGUGGUGGUUGAUGACGGUAACGCUAACGGAGGAGGAGAUUUUUUAGAUCCGGCGGCGGAUUUUGGUGGAUUUAAGAAGACUCUGAUUUUCAUCGGAGAUGAAGAGGAAACGAGAUCGUACUCUUCGAUUAGAUUCACUAGAUCUUCAUCGGAAGUAAUUGAAACGAGCGCGUCGAGAUCUUCCGUCGGAAGCUGA